AGUUGAGGGGGUCUUCACCGAUGAUGCAGCUCGCCAACUCUGGACUUUCCCCAGCAGCUUGCGUACUACCCCUCACUCCUCCCCCUUCUUCCCUUUGCCAUAUCCACCCACCCAUCCACCCACCAGCCCACCCUCUCCCUGCCUUUCUUACGCACACAUACACACAUACACUCAAUCACGAAUGCACAGGGAUUGCAGCAGCAGCAGCAGCAGCAGCAGCAGCACUGCGAGAUGGAGAUCUCCGCUGCGUGUGUGAGUGCCUGUUCCCGCUGUCACUGCACCGGCUGCCUCUCUCUCAGCACUCCCGCAGCCUGUGAGAGCUGCUCCAGUGGCUGGACAGUACCCUGGCACCCACUGAGUACAUGGAUGAGCAGUGGAUCUACAGGGGAUCUGUGCUAUCUUGUCCUUUGCACCUUUGAUCUGUUUCUCAAGGAAAUAUGGUGAGCAAAGAGGACACCAAAUGCGUUGUUCUCUCAAAUUCAGAUGAAUCAGAUUCAGAAACAGUUCCCUCACACAGCAUCGACGCACAGUCCGGGUCCGAAUCUGGCAAACAGCAGGUGAAGAAGAGAAACAAAGCUUUACAAGUGCGUUUUAAGGAUAUCUGCGAAGCUCAGAAAGAGCAUCGUGCCAGACGCUCCAGGUCCAUUUCCUGUAAAGUUACCCACAGAAAGUACAUGACAAUGCCUGCCCGGCGAUCUAUCCCUAACGUGACCAAGAGUACUGGUGUCCAGACUUCACCAGAUCUUACAAAACGGUAUAAGACUUUCCCAUUUGAAAGGAAAAAAGGACACACCUUUAAACAUGCUGCUUUAGUGGAAGACUACAGAGGACAAAACAAUGGAUUUUUGAGUGACAUAAAAGCAGUAGGAGAUGAUGGACAACCUACUGGGGAGUCAUCUAAGUACAAGGGCAAGAUUGUGGGGCAGACAAAAGCACUGCUUCACCACACUGAUGACAGCAGUGAUACAGAGGAUUUGCUUUCCAGUGCCAACUGUGUGGAUGGACCCUCACAUUUCUCAGAAGAGGGUCAUCCUACCAGCUCUCCUUCCAAAAGUGAACCAGAAUACAAGGUUUGUGGGACAAGGACCAAACAUAAAGGAUUACCCAAAGAAGACAUGGAUGCCGGCACUUCCUCAAAGCGCCAGCUAGCUGACUCAGAGUUUUCGCAGGACAAGCCAAAGGGCACAGGCCCUGUUGCAUGGAACUCUUUGACACAGGUGGAGUCUUUAGGAAGCCCCUCUGUGAGCUGUAAACGGAAAAAGGAUACACAGCUAAAUGAGCAACAGUCACGGACACUUCCCCAUAGUGCCAAAUGUUCUUUAAAGUCGCAAGGGCAGUGCCGGACAAGGCAUGUGUCAGCCUCCUCUAAACUCCAGCGAACACACGGGGGUGACGAGGGCUUUCCUCCAGGAGCCACAGGCAUCGGGAGCAGCCAGCAGAUAAUAACCUUAUCUGGAGACAAGGAUAUCAAAGCACAGCUGCAGGCCAUGGAAAGUCUCAUCAGCUCAAGCCAGGAGACCAUCAAGGUCCUUCUUGGAGUUAUUCAGGAGCUGGAGAAAGGUGAAGCACAGAGAGAGGGGCUCUCCUACCGAACAGGACAAGACACAGCAAAUUGUGACACUUGUCGAAACAGCGCCUGCAUCAUUUACAGUGUCGAGCUGGACUUUAAGCUGCAGGAGGACAAGCUACAGCCUCUGAUGAAGAGACUUUGUCCCCUGGACAGCCAACAGUGCCCUGCUCUGCCUUACUCCAAUGAAGUUUUCACAUCUACUCCUAAACGCAAGUCCAAGACAGAAUCCAAAAAGCAUGCUCGAUGGAAACUAUGGUUCCUCUAAAUAAAACCUGAAGCCUUUGGAAACAACCAUUUUCUUGGGCACGUUAAUACCCCUAUCAUUCUCAAAAUUGCUGAAGGAAUAUUCAGAUGGGGUAAUCAACCCAUGGGAAUGGAAACCACGUGAUUUAAGGUUCUGUGUUGAGAUUCCACACCAUGUCACCUGGGGACUUGAGACCAAAAAAAUUAAAAAUAAAAACAUUUUAAAUUCAGUCUUACCUUUUCUGGCAUGUUUGCUGGACAGGAUCGACACACAUCUGCAAAAACUAGGUGAGCUCUGACAUACAUUUUUGCGCAUAUAUUUUUAAAAUCUGUGUAAAAAUGGCCAUUAUUCACGUACUGGCUCAGUGCACCUCUCACUUUAUAUUGAAAUCUCUUUGUUUCACCUUCCAAUGAAUGCAAUGCACUUUGGUCUUUUCCCCUUAGAGUAUAUUGCUUGGCAACAAGAGGAGGAGCCAUGUGGAGGGUCUUUUAUGGGUGAAGCUCUAAUCUUUAAACGGACAUCAGCCCCCCCACCCCCACCCCCACCUCCUGAAAGCACAAACAUUUGACUUUUGAGAGAAGCAUGUGUAAAAGACUGAAACGCUAUAUGACUUUAUGUCAGCGCUGUUCUUAUAAUCCCUGCUAUCCUCUCCUGUUCCUCCUUAUCUGUUACCAUACUGUGUAAUUUGUUUGUCUGACAGAACAUCUGCUUGCCUUUGCUAAUAACUCCUCCUUGUCCUCCCUCUUAUUGUAACUCCUUUAUCUCUUUCUCUCUUUUGUAGCUUUUUAUUAAGCUUACUGUGCAACUGACCAACGAGCCAGCUAUCUUUGCUUUAGUCAUUCUGUCAUUUUCUGUUCUUGGACUGACACGAAAUGUUCAGAGUCUUUACUUUGGAAUAUCUGCAUCUUUUUAGCAAAGUACUGUGAAAUGAAUUUUUAUAAAUAUGUAUGUUUGGGCCCCUCCUCUUGAAGCAGGUACAAUAGAUAAAAAAUACAGUAUUCUGGGUUAGAUUUUUUUAAAGAACAUAUAUAAUGUUUUGACUACUUGUAUGGCAGAGUAUUUUCUAUGAUAACACUGUUUGCUUUUUAUUUUGAGUAUUUCUUUAUCGGCUUGUUUUGUUUAACAGUUCAGACAGAAAGUAAAAGCUAUUUUGACAUUUCUCUUGAGUCCAAGAGUUUGUCUUGGCUCUCAGUCACAGCAAAGAUGUGAAAUCUUGAAACUAAUUCAUUUUAAGCCACUUGUCUCAUGUCCAGUUAGCUACUUUAACAAUCCAACUGUUGUUUUGUAACAUUUAUUUAUCCUUAUCCAUUUAGUAAAAUGGGAAAAAAAAAACUUUUGAACGCCAAACACAUGUCCACCAACCCACACAAACAACUGUGCACUGAACUUGCAGCAAGAGCAGAAGGGCUAUAUACAGUGCUAAAGAAGUAAUGGUAGCAAUCUUACAGCAGAAAAGACUUGUGUCCACCAGCUCUGGUCAAUUAGGGGGGAAAAAAACAGAAAUAAAACACUGAUGAUGUAGCAAUGACACUAAACUUGCAUGCUUUUAUAAAGCAGGCAUUUAUUAAAUUCCUUUAGCCACUUCAUAACAGCAGCUGUCAUGUAAAUAAUUGAAUGGAAUUGUACAAGAAAUGUCAGGAAGACUCACACUGGCCUCCCAUCAUUAGAUUACACUGUAGAUUACAUUAUUCAGGUCAACAAUCUCCAUGCAAAGAUCUGUACCUUGGAAAAGUGCAAUUUAGUGAUUAUGUGCAAUAUUAUGCAUUUUUCUACUGUUUCUACAUCACAAUUAAAACAUUUUCAAAUGAAGGUGAUUCAGUGUUCUCUUACUGUAUGUCUUUUUAAUGUUAGAUGGUUACCCUAGCCCUAACUGUUCUGUGGAGCAAACCUAGAGAUAUUAAGGCUUCACUCACACAGGCCUAGAGACCAGUUGGCAACCCCCUGGCAACCUCCGGUCGCUAGGAAAAAAUGUUCAUUCCCCUAAGCAGUUGGCAAGAGGUCUUCCAAUGUCUUCCAUGCAAAUAACAGGCAAACACAGCAAUUUUUAGUAACCCAAGGAAUUGCAGGUUUUCAAUCAUUUUCAGUGCUCCAUGGAAUAUCUCAUGGCAAACCAUUUCACCAAGCCACUGCCAGCACCCUCCCGCAACUACAAACAAACCAGCUGACCAGUGGUUGAAUUGGGAGAAGUCAUCAACCAGUCUCGAGACCUGUGUGACUGGGGCCCAAAGCAAAAAUCUAACUUUUUACAACAACAAAAAAUGUGACUGAUAUGAAUUGCUCCUCAAAAAGUACCAUUUUAUGUACAUAAACAAAUGUUAAUCAAAAGGUUAUAACAAAAAUCACAGAGCUUACAUAUUUGUCAGUAUACACCACUAACUUAAAUUUAUUUCCUCUACUUUGUCAGUUGUGGCAAAAGUACUUUGACUUCUUUUACUGAUUUCCAUGUGACUAGCAGAUUCAUAGGCAACUUAGUAUUUAGCGGCAUCCACCAAGCCAAAACUAAACAAUUGAUGCUCAUUACAUAGGUCUAUACUCUAUAGACCUAACCUUUUUUUUCCUGUGACCAUAUAAAGCAACACUGAGGAUUUCAUUUUUUAAAAAGGGAGUACAGAAUGGAGGAAACACACUUAUUCAACAACUACCCCCUCCACCUUGGAAUUCUGUGUAAGAGAGUUUGACCAUCAUAAGGCCUCAGCGACUGUGUAGUUGAGCUACUUCUUCUCUCCUCUAAUGUGAUUAGUUUUCAAUAGCAAAAGAGACUCAACUUUGAAGUGGAGCCCUGAUGGAGAGUGAGGGAUCCAGUCUAUGAAAUUAAAUGACUUGCACCCCACAUACAAAGGACAAAAUGAGAAUGAUCAACAAACAGAGAGAUUAAUGGGAAAAAAACAAACAAAACGAUAUUAGGGUUCAAAUGCAUACAAGCACAAUUACACUUGAAAAUAAAACAAUCACCACACUUAGUGCCUCUCUGUUUCAUGGUCUGUUUUACUUGAUUAUAUAAAGGAUUAUAUAAACAUAAAGUGUGGUUUGAUUAGUAGGUUUAAAAGCUUUUAGUUACCACAAUAGGGGGUUGUUAUCUUGUACAUAGGAGCUUUCAAACUUGAUGUAAUAGUGGUACCAUUCAUUGGGAAUAAUUAUUUCCACUAGUUUGAACUACUCUGUAAGCUUACAAGAGCAUUGUGGUAAAAGUUCAUAUUUUUUUUUUAACUUUCACCACUCCACACUGUGACACCUGUGAAGCCAAAACAAGCUAGGUCUUCAGGCAGACAUGGAAGGUCAUUGGAGGAAAAGUUGAAAAUGUGUGCUGCUGGAUUCCCUAACUAUAUGUCAUUAGUUUGUUUUUGUACUGUGACCUAUGGAGAAACCCAUUUCUUAGAAACAGGUUUACUUCCAAAAGUGUGUGUUAAUGCUCAGGUAGCUUGUUGUGUGUAAGUGAUGGGUGUAAACAUAGCUCAGGUUUGUCAUGCAUUUCUUCAAAAGCAAAUUUAUUAAAAAUUGUUGAUAGUAGUAUUAAAGUAAAGAGGUAUAGAUUUCAAACAGAAUACUUUGUUAAUGUAGUGAUGUAUUCUUGCUAGAAAUCAUCCAUGACACCAUCAAACAGUGAAAACCCAAUAAUCAUUUAUCAUUUAAAAAAUAAAAGUUUACUCUAAGAUUUACUAAUGUCAGGGUAAAUGUACUGUAAGUGCUUGGUAAAUUCAAUAAGGAUGAAAAGAUCUGGCUGAUUUAAAUGAUGUUGGUGAUAUUUUUUGUUAUUUAGAACUAUGUUUAGAGUGUUGCGUAUGAAAAAGUUUUGGUUAUAAUAAAUAUUUUUACACUGCUCAAAAAAAUUGAAGGAACACAAAAUGCAACAGAUAUCAAUGGGGGGGAAAAAACCAUCCUGGAUAUUUGAACCGAUAUUCAAAUCAGUUUUAUUUAUAUAGUAAAGUGUAAAGUAAAGUGUGUUGUGUUAGUCCCCGAAGGGAAAUUACUCCUCUGCAUUUAACCCAUUCACCCAGUGAAGCAGUGGGCAGCCACCAGUGCAGCGCCCGGGGAGCAGUGUGUAGGGACGGUACCAUGCUCAGGGGUACCUCAGGGUAGCCGUUCAG